GGGGGCGCUCUGCCCACAACAGCUGUGAUUGCAGGUCGGAAGAGGAGUCAGCAGCAGCAUCGUCAUCACUGCGAGUUGGACCGGGACUCGAACCUUCGCCUGAGCCGUGCCUGUAGUGCCUUUAAGCACAGCGAUGGGACACGGGGACCUGAUGAGCCGGGCGGAGGACCUGGCGGACCAGUUCCUGCGGGUCAGCCGGCGGUACCUGCCCCACGCGGCCCGCCUCUGCCUGGUCAGCACCUUCCUGGAGGACUCGGUCCGGAUGUGGUUCCAUUGGUCGGACCAGAGCGGCUACAUCAACUCCACCUGGGGCUGCGGCGGCCUGCUGGCCAACGCCUUCGUCCUGAUCAACCUGCUGGGACAGCUGGGGAGCUGUGUGCUGAUCCUCAGCAGGAACUUUGUGGAGCCGGCCUGCUGCGCUCUGUUCGGGAUCAUCGCUCUGCAGAUGGUGGCCUACAGCAUGCUCUGGGACCUGAGGUUCCUCAUGAGGAACCUGGCGCUGGGCGGCGGCCUGCUGCUCCUGCUGGCUGAGUGCAGACAGGAAGCCCGCAGCGUGUUUGCAGGCGUCCCUUCGGUCGCGCAGCGGCGCUCCCCCAAACAUCUGCUGCAGCUGGGAGGAAGAGUGCUCCUCAUCCUCAUGUUCAUGACGCUGCUGCACCUGGAGCUGAGCGCGCUCAGUGUGCUGAAGGACCUGGUGGGAACGGCGCUGGUGCUGCUGGUGGCGGUGGGCUUUAAGACCAAGCUGGCGGCGCUGACGCUGGUGGCCUGGCUGCUCUGCAUCAACGUCACCUUCAACGCCUUCUGGACCGUCCCCGCCUACACCGCCUUCCACGACUUCCUGAAGUACGACUUCUUCCAGACCACCUCGGUGAUCGGGGGUCUGCUGCUGGUGGUGGCCCUGGGGCCCGGGGGCGUCUCCGUGGACGAGAAGAAGAAGGAGUGGUGAGGGGGCGGAGCUACUGCCGUCACGCCAUCCCCCUCGUGUUGCUGAUUUGCUCUCCUUCGUAUUACAACAGAUAGAUUUAGUUCCUCCCCGGUUCUGAUCCAUGAACCCAGAACCGGUUUCCAGACGUUUCACUGGGUCUCAGGGCUGAAAGGACAGAAACCCGUUUUAGUUCCUUUGUCUCUGCUGAGGCUUAAUCACACCUGAGACACCUGCAGGUGAACCAGCCAUCACCCGUAGGUUCUACCCGACCGGUACCGGUUCUGAGCCGCGAAGAAUCUCUCAGGGUUUACAUGGAGAUGCUGACAGACAGGUUGAUCAGAAUUCACAGAAGUUGGACCUGAUUCUGUGUUCUGAUGCUACCUGGGUCAGAUUAUUCUCCUCUGUGGAACAUCAUGGGUCAACAGACCCGGAGAACCUGGACCUCUGAUCCAGACCCGGAGAACCUGGACCUCUGAUCCAGACCCGGAGAACCUGGACCUCUAAUCCAGACCCGGAGAACCUGGACCUCUAAUCCAGACCCGGAGAACCUGGACCUCUGAUCCAGACCCGGAGAACCUGGACCUCUAAUCCAGACCCGGAGAACCUGGACCUCUAAUCCAGACCCGGAGAACCUGGACCUCUGAUCCAGACCCGGAGAACCUGGACCUCUGAUCCAGCUCCUCAGAGAUAAAUGUCCCUAUUUUACUAGAUUCAAAUCUUGCAGACCAAUCAUACGGUUCUGCAUGAGCAGAACCGUAUGAUUGGUCAGUACUUUAACCUUCAUUGGGAGAAGCUCCAUGUUCCAGGUGACCCGGUUCUCUUGACCCAGACCUGGUCCAAACGAUGGCUCAGAACCAGAACUGGAUGUCCGAUGGUACCGUUUUCCUGAAGCGAAGAGCUAAAACUGAUCCCCCGUGUUUCUGUUGCUCCGGUUUCUGAUGACCUCACAGAUCAGAGACCCGGUUCAACCUCAGCAGCCUGUAGCAACCCGGACUGUCCGCUAGGUGGCGCCCCUUCAGGUUCACUUCCUGUCUGUUUCUGAGAUGAAGAAAUAAUUUUGUAUCGGUGUGUUUUGUGGCUGUUUAAUAAACUGAGAAGCAUCAAUA